AUGUCCAUAGACUAUCGACAUGGCCUCUCCAUAUUGGAGUUGAUUGCCUUCUUCCCUUCCCUGUUAAUGGCCCUCGUGGUGGCCUGGCGUCAUGGCUUUGACCGCAGCUCCGGAUGGCUCCUCUUCAUCAUCUUCUCGCUUCUUCGAAUCAUCGGAAACAGCUGCUACUUGGCCACCCUGAGCAAUCCGGACAACAUCAGCUUGUACACGGCAUGGGCCGUGUGCAGCUCAGUUGGAAUGUCGCCUCUCACGUUGGGUCUGGCUUAUAGCCUGUCUCGAGUAAACGAUUCCAUCCAAAGAAAGUCAGGACGUGCAUAUUCACCUGCCAUCUUCCGUGUUCUCGCUCUUGUGACUCUUCUUGCUGCGAUUCUCUGCAUCGUUGGCGCGACCAGCGGCUCUAGUCCAGCCAAGGGCAUAACCAACACGGAAACAAAAGUUGGUCUUGUCAUCUACCUUUUGUCCUGGAUCGGCCUCUUGGUUGUGCUUUUUAUGAUGUUUGCUCGCUAUAGCAGCAUCGAGCAAGGUGAACACCGUCUGGUGUGGGCUGCUAUGAUCUGUGUCCCGAUCCUGCUUAUUCGACUGGCAUACUCAAUGAUUUCCACUCUCGGCCACAACUCCAGCUUCAACAUGAUCACCGGCAACGUCACCAUCCAGCUGGUCAUGGUCAACAUUGAAGAGAUCCUCAUCACCUACAUCAUGCUCAUCACCGGACUGACGCUGAGCGUGAGGGACAAGGCCGUUUAUGGGGCCACCGACGCGGCCGAAGCAGGCAGACACUCGCCCGGUCAAACUGAAAUGGGCCAGCAAUAUGCCACCGGAGACUACAAUUCGACGUUUUCCACGCCGCUUACUGAACAGAAGCCGCGCCGUCGGCGUCUACGUGGCGGUCCGAUCAUGAUGUUGGUCGGCUAUAUCAUUGACCAAGUCAACAGCCGACGCUCAUGA